UGCCUUCAUAGAUGUUUAAUUAACUGUGUAAACAUCGAUCGUAUGUCAUAUGGUUUGGAUGCUUAUUUCCUAGAUUUCAACGCGAUGCAUCGGAGACUGGGUCACAGCAACUAUGACGGCAAAAUCGCUGGAUUAUAUGACUUGGAGGAGACCCUUGGGCGAGGUCAUUUUGCUGUGGUUAAACUCGCCAGGCAUGUCUUCACCGGGGAGAAGGUGGCGGUCAAGGUUAUCGAUAAGAGUAAGCUAGAUGAAGUUUCCCGAGCGCAUCUAUUCCAGGAGGUGAGAUGCAUGAAACUGGUACAGCAUCCCAAUGUAGUACGGCUUUAUGAAGUAAUAGACACGCAGACAAAGCUCUACCUCAUCCUGGAGCUUGGCGACGGUGGAGAUCUUUAUGAUUAUAUAAUGCGGCACGAUAGUGGAUUAAGCGAAGAGGUGGCGAGAACUUAUUUUCGUCAAAUAGUGAGAGCCAUAUCAUACUGUCACCGCCUUCACGUGGUCCACAGGGAUUUAAAACCCGAGAAUGUCGUGUUCUUCGAGAAAAUUGGCACCGUUAAAUUGACAGACUUCGGUUUCAGUAAUCGAUUUUGUCCUGGGCAAAAGCUAGAAACAUCUUGUGGCUCGCUGGCCUAUUCAGCACCAGAAAUUCUUCUAGGUGACAGUUACGAUGCACCAGCAGUUGACGUCUGGUCCCUUGGUGUCAUUCUAUACAUGCUGGUCUGCGGACAAGCACCUUUUCAGGAAGCUAAUGAUAGUGAGACAUUAACGAUGAUAAUGGACUGCAAAUACUCAAUUCCUUCACACGUAUCAGACGAGUGUAAGAGACUUAUCGCUAAAAUGUUAGUACGUGCACCUGAGGGACGUGCGACUCUUGAACAAAUUGCCAGCGAUCCUUGGCUGGGUAUUGAGACUGAUGAUCCCGUAGACGUUUUACCUCUUGUUUCUAGAGAACAGGUUUCUGAUGAACAUCAUAAUCUAAUAAUUACUAAAAUGGUCAACGGGAAUAUUGCUACGAAAGAAGAAAUUUUAGAUGCUCUUGACAAAAACGAGUACAACCAUAUCACGGCUACGUACUUCCUGCUGGCAGAGAGAAAAUUACGAGCCCAUCGACAAGAACAAGUACAAAAAAAUCGUACAGAACUGGACGUUAAUACACGUCGCCAUAAUGAUCUCUCUAUGAACGAUCUACGUGCUGAACCAAAUUUAGUUGGUAGUGUGAAUCAAUCGUUAUUAUCAGUACCAAGAACACCUGGAGACGUACCACAGAAUUCACGAACGCGUAAGUGCAGUAUCGUCCAAGAAGAAGAAGACGAAGACGAUGUGUCUUCGUGUUCCGGUCGAGACGAACAUGGUAGCAACUCGGCGUUAAAUUCAUUAAAUCGUCGUGGUUCCAGAUCAGAGGGUAAAUUAUCACACAUACUACAAGAGCGGUUGGCUCAAUUGCCAGAAAAGCACGCUGUAUUGAAACAGCCGUCACGGCAAAUAAUUCAAGCCCAAGAAAUAACGCCAAAGGAUUCACCUAAUACCACCGAGAGGUCGAAUUCACCAGCAGAGUCUUUGGAAACUUCAGUACCUGUGCCAAAUUAUAAAUGGAAAAUGGGUUCUCAGCAUAAUCGUAGUAUAAACGAUACAGUAACAACCGUACCGUCAUCAAAAAAUUUAACCGACUUUGAAGUUGGUUUUUCAAAAUUAGGAACAAUAACAACUACCAUUUUAACAGAAUCAGCAACCGCACCGUCGCCGAUACGUUUACCAAAGACAUUAUUCACCGGCGACAGCAACCUUCAACCCAAAUACAAAACUAUGCCUUUGACAGGCAGUGCUGCGGUCUCGGCGACGAUUGGGGAAAUUCAGUCGGAAAAAUUAGCACUAAAAGAAAUCCUGGAAGACGGCGACGCACUUGAAUCCACUGAGAGUGGUGGUGGCGGUGACAAUUCGUCGAAAAGCCGCGUUGUGAGACGCACCGGGUACGAACAGAAGCGCAGUAAAUUUCACAAGACCCGUACUACGUCUUGCUCGAGUUCAGAUGCGAGUGAUGAUGACAGUGAGGGUAGAAAGAAACGCGCUCACAAGCUGGGUGCAACAACAGGUAAGCCUCUGCCUUCGAGGCGGGACAGUCAUGACGAUUCUAGUGAUUCUCAGGAUCCUGGAGGCAAUGGAGGUGGCGGCCUAGGAAACAGUGAUAAUGUUCAGCACACUGCGUCUAGUAAUACGCGCAGUGAUGGAAAUGAAAACAGUACUUCAACGACAACGACCACGACAACGGGUACCACUACCAGUGGCGGUAAAGUUCAAAGGUGUACAGAAUCUCAAGCAAUGACUUUUGGACGCAGACAUCGUGCUGGUAGACGUCGGGCCGGUGAAACGAGGCUCAGGGAAAGUCAAUCAUUGAAUCGCAUUACUGAAGUACAAGAGGCUGAAAUACCAAGUGCGUGUCAUGCUCUCUAUCGAAAUAUAACAGUCGUUACUUCAACUUGUAAUUCGACUUCAACAAUGUCAAUAAUUAAUUCUAAAUCAAUAACAGCUACCGCAACGGCAACAACAACAGCAACAACAACAACAACAACAACAACAACAAUAACAACAACAACAACAGCAAUAAUAACAAUGUCUAAUUCAAUAAAUAGUUUAGCCUCUACGACAACAACUAAUAUAAAUAGCAGUUCUUUGACGACUAGUUCUACGACUACGGUACAACGAGCUAAAGGAUUUGGAGCACGGCUUUUACAAAGUUGGAAUCUCAGUACCAAGGGACUCGGUACUCAAUCUGUUAAUACUAAAUCCCCAGGAUACUGUUGCAAAGACACGAAUAGUGGCAGUAAAAAAGAUAAUCAAGAGGAGAGUAAAUUCGUGGAAAUAAUACGCGAAGACAAGGGGAAAUGUGAGCUCAACCGUGGCAUGUUAAAUUUCGAAAAGGAAAACACAAAAAGCUCGGGAAUGAACAAUACGCGUGGUAGUAGCGGUAAUAGUGGUAAUGAUUGCAAAAGUAGAAAAAUAAGACUUCUUACACGUUACUUUGCAGUACACAAAAAAUUGUGUGUCCCGUUGCCGGGUUUUCUCGGCAAA